AUGUCAGCAAAUAUCCUCGAAAUCUCUGAGUUGAAAGACCCACAAAGGAUUCUGGAAAUUUUUGAGGAGCAAGAAUCUACAGCUAAAUUGGAUAAAUAUGAAGAUCUUGUAUGGGACGUGUACCAAAAGGUGUUUGUUGCUGCUCUCAUUGUGAAAGAAGACACGUUAGCAAAGAAAUGCUGGAACCGCUUAAACGAUCGGUUCAAUAAAUCUCCAAGAGUAGAUGGACUCUAUGGAAUGUAUCUGGAAGCUACUUCAAGUUUUGACGAUGCAUUGAGCUAUUAUAAUCAAAAACUUUUUGAAGACCCAACGAAUACUAUCAUUCACAAGCGAAAGCUAUCGCUACUGCGUUCUGUUGGAAAAACCAUUGAAUGUAUGAACGGAUUAAUAGAGUAUGUAGAUACAUUCUACACUGACGUUGAGGCAUGGGCCGAAUUGGCCGACCUUUACUUUUCCGUGGAAGCAUAUGAAAAGGCUGCCUUUUGUUAUGAAGAGAUGCUACUAUUACAGCCAUAUGAGCCUCGGAUUUUUGCAAAGCUUGCGGAUGCAAAUUUUGUCAUGAGCAAAAGCAACCCUAUUCAUUUGUGGAUUUCCCUCAAGCAUUACUGUCGUGCUGUAGAAAUCUCCGAAGCAUACUUUCAUGCUUGGUACGGCGUCCAACAGUGUUGUGAAGCGAUCAACAAAUUGUCAAAGACUGAAUUAAAGCGUAUACAAUCCCGUGCGUCUGAAGAAACUCUUAAUAUUCUAGCAGAUUCUGUAAAGGUUGAAAAAUUAUUAAAGCUUUCUGGCAAAAAGGUUUCAGAGUUAACUAGCCAGGACGAAAGUUUAUAUAAACUAUUAGCCGCAUAA